CUCCCUUGCUACGUGCUCGUCCUCCUCCAACCUUGGGACUCUCCUCUUCUACCCCAUGCCGCCCUCCCUACCACCACCUCAAAAAUGGGCGCUCUCCAAUCCAUCAUCAUCUGGGUGGGAUGCUAUUUCGUAGUCCCAUACCUGACCUUCCUCCCGCCAGGCGCCCGCACCCUCAUAUCCCUCUUCGCGCCCUACCUCGUCCCCAAACUCAUCGACUUCGCCAAAUCCAUCCUCCACCCCUCCAGCCGCAUCCCCGUGCGCCCCGUCCCUGCGCCCGCAAAACGCGCCCUCAACCUCUUCUUCGCCAGCGCCUCCCUCGCCCUCCUCCUCACCCUCCCCAACUUCGCUGACGAGAACGUCUUCACCGCGACCCAAUCGCGGCUACAGAUCGACACAGAUGUCUUAUUCAAAAGAUUGGAAGCGCUGCGGCCGCUCACACCCACGGACACCGCCCUGCGCGCAAAGUUCGUGAACGCAGAGAGCCGCCUCGCCUACCUCGUCUACGGCGCCGACACGGUCGCGCACUGCACCAUCUGCGGGCCCGACGACGCGUGGGGCGCUUUCAUGUACCACCUGCCCAAGCUACUUUUGCCGCACCUGCUGCACGCCGUGGUGCUCGGCGCCGCCACCAGCGACGUGUUCGCGGGGCGCGAGGGCGCGCGCUGGCGCAAGCAAGGGUGGAUCGCGGCGCUGGCCGUCGUGGUGGUGGAGGUGUGGUAUAUCGCGACGUACGACAUCGCGCGGAACAAGAAGGCGAAGCGGCUGCAAGACUUGGAGCUUGUGUUCUGGCGCGUGCGCACGCUGCGGUUGAUUGCUAUAUCGGCGUUGGAUGGGCUGCUGGCGCUGGCGUUGUGGUUGACGAGCACGAAUCGCUGGCUGGCGCGGCCGCCGCCGGUGGCGGCGAGGGUGGAGGCGGCGACGAAGAAUGUGGAGGAGAGCUUGAUGAAGAUGCGGGCGCUCGGGGUGUUGCGGAAUGCGGUGGUGCGGGAUAAGGUAUUGAGGGGGGAGGUGGAGGAAUAUUGGCGGCAGGAGGGGGAUGUGAUGGGGGAGUUGGUGCAGGAUCCAGAGGUGGCGGUGGUGAUGAAUGGGGUUGUGGAGGGGAUGAAUAUGGAGAGGGUGGAGACGGAUGCAGGGGCUAUGGCGGAUGGGAUUAUGGGCGGGUUGGUCCUCGGAGGUCAUGUAAAGGCGGAGUAGGGGUUUUUGCAUUGGAUUUGGAGUUUAAGCUGCAUUGCUGGUGUUGGAUAUCAGGUUGGUGGAGUUCAAUGGAAUCAAACUCUCCAGAUAUAAUAUACUAGAA